CAACUCUUUCGUUCUCGUCUAGCUUUCUCUACCUUUUUUGCUUUCUCCUAUAAUAUUUACUUUUUCCUUUUGAUGUCUCCCAGAGGCCAGAGCCUCUUUAUUCUCUGGGUUCUCUACAAAAGCAGCCUCUCUCCCACGCUUUUUUUCCCUUGAUAUUGAAGCCCUCAGCGGGCAAGAAAACCAUGUUUCCUUUGAUCGAGUGCUUGUAACUCAGAUUAGUUUAUAACUCUCUCCACGAUCAAAAGAAGAAGGAGAUGGAAAAAUAUGACUACGAAGAACUUGUGAAUUCGACACAGAGUUUCUCUCCCACGAGACUAAUUGGCAGAGGGAGCCAUGGAUCGGUCUACAAAGGCGUACUCAAAGAUAACAAACUCGUUGCGAUAAAGAAGCCAACGCGUAGCCCCGAAGCUCUUCACGAUAAGUCAAAGCUCGACAACGAAAUACGAGUGCUGUCAUCUCUGCGGGAAAACCCACAUGUCAUCAACCUUCUGGGAACGAGUCAAGACUCGGCCAACGGCAAACUCCUGGUCAUGGAACUCAUGCCCAAUGGCUCUCUCCAUGACUUGCUUCAUAUUUCCACAGCACCACCCACGUGGCCUAAACGCGUGGAAAUCGCCACCCAAAUCGCCCGGGCAGUGUGCUUUCUUCACGAAGGGCUGCCUUUGGUUAUCCACAGGGACAUUAAGUCUGCAAACAUUUUGUUUGACUCGAAUUGGAACUCAAAAUUGGCAGAUUUUGGACUUGCAGUUCUGCAACUCGACUCGCCGAGUCAGGUGAGUCAACCCGCUGGUACCAUUGGGUAUCUGGAUCCAUGUUACACUACGCCUAGCAAGCUCAGCACAAAAAAUGAUGUCUUCAGCCUUGGGGUGGUGUUGUUAGAGAUCAUUAGUGGAAGGAAAGCCAUUGAUAUGAGUAGGGCUCCAUCUUCCAUUGUGGAGUGGGCGAUACCUUUGAUCAAAGACCAAGUACGUAUCUCUGAGAUUUGCGACCCGAGGAUUGCAUUGCCUCCUUUCAUGGAGCCAACGAUAAGACACAUGCUAUGCAUCGCAGCGCGUUGUGUUUCAUCAAAUGAAGAUCAAAUUCGUCCUUCAGUUGCAGAAAUUAUUACGUUGAUGGAAAAUCCCCUUAUUCAUGAGCGCGUUCGAUUUCCUAUUUGGACAUGCCUUUUGCGGAGAAUGGUCCUUCCGAGGAGGCGUCGAAAAUUGGCUUCCCGUUUGCAGGCAAGAUCAUGCGCUGCUACAAAACAAGGUGAUCAUCAUGUUCAUUCUCAUCUAUCAAGUGGGACGCUAUUAUUGAAGGAGGUUUUGGCUGAUGUAACACACAAAUGAGUCGUUAAUUAACUCAAAACCUUAGUCUGAGUUUGGGCACUGAACUCAGAGAGGCUGGUCAAAAGUCAGUAUCAUAAGAUGAAGACUGGAAAUCUGCAGCGCAUGCACUCCAAACACAAGACUCCCAAAAGUUGGUAGCACGGAAUAUAACAAAGCUACCCACCCUGCUUUUGAUGCCCUGUCAUUUCAUGCUGAUCAUGGACUAUUAACCUAGCUAGAUCCCUCUCAUUCUAUAUAUGAUGGGGUUGUUGUUGAAUUGCUACCCCCUGCACCUAGUUUUUCCUUAUUUGGUCCAACAUCUAUUUAUGCA